AGAGAAUUAGUGUUUAUUGUGACCUAAUUGCAUGACUUAUGAAGAUUAAUUUGUGAUUAUGUGCUUUCCUCAGGUCCCACACAAAGCCAAUGUCAGUACAACCUUACAAAGAGUGAGAACAAAAUAAUCGCCCGUGUAGUGAUUAUCAGUGGCCUACCUAACCAAACGUACACAAUCACCUUAAUGGAUAAGAAGAACAACGACGUGUUGAAAGAAAAUGGAUCUAACCUAAAACCUUUAAGAAUACCGUUUAGAUUGUUAAAACCAUGCAGCAUUUACACCGUCAGCGUGGAUGGCUGCGUAGCCAAUGGAUACACGACGUUUACUUCUUCCAGCGGAAAAGGAGAAACUGUUCCAGAAACUGUUGUGACAAACGUGACUGAUAAAGAAGUGUGUUUGAAAGGAAUAUUUAAUGAUACUCAGAAAUGGAAUCUGACUGAAUGUGUUGAAAUAACGGAGCAAAACUCUUGUGCAUCCACACACACCGUUGAACUGGACACAUGUACCUACACAAUGAAUGUUUCUAUGCCCCCAGUCAAACCUGAAAUACGGUUCAAUACAAGUAUUCCCUCUCAGUUUGAAUGGACUAAUAAACCAGAAAAAUGUAUGUCUACACUUGAAGUAAUUUGCAAUCAGAAAGAUACUUAUGGUUUAAAUGAGCCAGUGUCAUUAUUACCUAAUCAAUAUUACACCUGCACUGGAGAAUACCCUUAUGAGACACGACCAAUCAAGAGUGAUCCUCUCUCCAUUCAUAUAGACUGCGAUUUGGAAAAGAAUGCAGGUUUUACAGAUAUAUCCCACAACUCCAUUCAUAUGUCCUGGAAGGCACCUGAGGAAGAUAACUGCUCAAACAUUAUUUGGAGCAGUUAUUCAGCCACUUGCCAAACCAGUGAAAAGAGCGAACCAUUGCAAUCGACAUGUACACAGGGCAAAGCCGACAGCACACAUUGCACUAAUACACAAUUACACCCAUUUACCACUUAUACAUGCAUAAUUAAUGCAAAACUUCAUGGCCAUGAGUACACCCUUUUCUCCAUUAAUCAAACAACAUUUCCUGCCGAGCCUGAAUUAAAGUCAAUUACAGUACAAAUGUCUUCUCACAAUUCUGUUCACGUACAAUGUUCUAAUCUCACUGAACCAAACGAUUGGAAUGGAGACGCUGGGCAUUUUGAAGCUGUAAUCAAAUACAACGGAGAUCCUAUAAAGCCCCUUGAAAAAAAACGACAUUGCUGGUUUUCAUUCUCAGAUCUUCACUACCUUACCACCUAUGAGAUUGAGGUUACAGCCACAAAUAAACAAAAUAACAGGACUGUCUUGCAUCGAGACAUUACUACUAACUACAAUGACAAGGCUGUUGUUGGAUUCCUGUUAUUAUUUAUCAUUGCGACAUCAAUUGCGGUGCUCUUCGUGCUAUUCAAAAUGUACCUUCUCAAAAGAAAGCGGAAUGAAGAAGAUGAAGAUUGUGAAUAUGUGAAUGUUCCUAUGCGCGUACACAGAAUGGCGACAAAACAACAGACCAGGGGGUGAAUAAGAAUGACUGCAAUUUUAUGGAC